UUUAAAUUCAAUCGUAGGGUGGAAAUUUAAACUUAAUAAUAAGAGCGAUCCAUGUGGUAAGCCUUUGAACCAAUCAGAGCUCAGCAUUCGGAUAUCUUCAUUCAGUCACUUGACUAUAUAAAGUAUUUCAUUUCCGUCUUCGUCUUCACAACCGAAAAUUACCAGUAAACAAAUCUCAUCUUCUCUCUCUCUCUCUCUUUAACUCAUCAAUGGCGACCACCGAAGAGCCUACCGCAAUCGUAGUGGAAGAGCCGACGACUGAGAUCGUCGCUCCUUCUGACGAGCCAGCAGCGGCCGAGGAAGCUACUCCGGUAGCAGCAACCAAGACUAAGAAGGCUACAAAGGAACCAAAGGCCAAGAAACCAUCGAAGCCUCGUGCUCCCAAAACUCAUCCUCCUUACGAAGAGAUGGUUAAAGAUGCGAUCGUUUCAUUGAAAGAGAAAAGCGGUUCGAGUCAGUAUGCGAUUACUAAAUUUCUUGAAGAGAAGCAUAAACAGCUUCCGUCGAACUUCAAGAAACUAUUGCUUUUUCAUUUGAAGAAGCUUGUUUCUUCUAGCAAGAUUUCAAAGGUUAAAGGUUCGUAUAAGAUUCCAGCUGCUAGGUCAGCAACAGCGAAGCCAGCUGCAGCGAAGAAGAAGACUGCCGGAGCUGCUAAGCCUAAGGCAAAGCCGAAGUCCAAGGCUGCUACUAAGUCAAAACCUAAGGCUAAGCCAGCUGCAAAGAAAGCUGCUAAGUCAACCAAGAAAACAACUCCCAAAUCUCCAGCUAAGCCAAAGGCAGCAGCUAAGCCUAAAUCGAAGCCUGCUGCUAAACCCAAAGCUGCUCCCGCUAAGCCUAAAGCCGCUGCUGCUGCGCCAAAGACCAAGGCUGUUGCUACUGUGAAGCCGAAGGUUGCUGCUAAACCGAAGCCAGCUGCUAAGUCAAGACCAAAGCCAAAGGAUAGAUCGACUGCUGCUAAAGUUUCAAGAACAUCAUCGAGAACUUCACCUGGAAAGAAAGCUCCUGCUCCUAAAGCCACAACGAAGAAAGCUCCGGCUGCCAAGAAGGCGGCUCCAGCCAAAGCCAAAACACCAACAAGAAAGGCCCCAGCUAGGGGAAAGAAGUGAAAUUUGGAAGAGAAGAGAAAGUGAUUAGCUUUUUUUAGUUUGGUUCUGUAGUUGUAAAUUGGGGUAAAAUUCGUACCCGUAUAAUUUGCUUCAUAUGAGGAAGAAAGUAUUAACCGAUUUUCUUUUCUUUGAUAUAAAAUGUUUAUCCUUUUUUUUUUUGUUAAUUUUUUUAAGGGAUUAGAGUUUGAAUGUACUGUAUUAUUAUUAUGUUCUUAAACGAUUUUUCGAUCUAUUUUACAUCCCUCUUAAUAUUUUCUGGAUCAAA